CCUACCCGACAUAGCACACUCAUAUAUUAAAAGCCAGUUGUAAAAGCCAGUUGUGUUGUGAUCUCCCUUUAAUUAGCUUCAUCAUCAUCAUCAUCGUCAUCUCGAGUUUCUCAUCAAUGGGUUCUUCUUCAGACGAGGAGGGAGAGGAGUACUUGUUCAAGAUCGUCAUAAUCGGCGACUCGGCUGUUGGUAAAUCCAACCUGCUCUCCCGCUACGCCAGAAACGAGUUCAACUUGCACUCCAAAACCACCAUCGGAGUCGAGUUCCAGACCCAAACCCUCGAAAUCAACGCCAAGGAAGUCAAGGCUCAAAUUUGGGACACCGCCGGCCAGGAGAGAUUCCGUGCCGUCACCUCCGCCUACUACCGCGGCGCGUUCGGCGCUCUCGUCGUCUAUGACAUCAGCAGAAGGUCAACUUUCGAUAGUAUUCCCAGAUGGCUCGAUGAGCUCAAGACCUGGGCAGAGAAGAAAAUAAAGUUAGAUCUGACCAUUUUAGUGUCGUUUAAUGUGUGGAAAAUGUGGGAUAUUGCAAAUAGUUAUGACUUAUUAUGCCGUAACAAGGCGGACGGGGCAGGGGACGACAUUUGUGGUUUAGCAUUUUUGUGUUACGGGGCUACAUUAUCAUCAUGUUGGAGGCAAGCUCAUUCUGAUACAACUGUGACAAGGAUGCUUGUGGGGAACAAAUGCGAUUUAGAAAAUAUCAGAGAUGUGAGUGUGGAGGAAGGCAAAAACCUGGCAGAAUCUGAAGGAUUGUUUUUCAUGGAGACUUCUGCAUUGGAUUCGACAAAUGUUAAAAAAGCUUUCGAUAUUGUUAUCCGCGAGAUUUAUAAUAAUGUCAGCAGGAAGGUGUUGAGUUCUGACUCUUACAAAGCAGAAUUAUCCGUCAAUAGAGUAUCCCUUGUCAGUAAUGGCACCGAUGAACCAAAGCAAACUGGGGGAUCUUAUGCUUGUUGUUCCAGGUGAUUGAAGAGCCUGCUUUAUAGAAAUCUGGGUUUGCACUUUUGGCUGGUGCCUAUCAUCUAUUUUGUUUCUUGUUUGAAAUUGUGACUGUUACAAACCCUAUUGUUUAUUUAUUUUUACACAUAUAUUUAUGGCCAAAAUAGUGGUUGUUGUCAUGUAAAAUAGUGCAAACUAAAGUUCCAUUAUAUGAAAGUAUAAUUUUAUACUCA